AUGAAGACGUCUUUCAUCAUUGGAGCCUGUUAUGCUGGUGUGACGGCUGCCGCCCCCGCCGCGAUCGCCGGUCGAGCCGCCUCUUUUCAAGGGGCAUCCGAUGAAGGCCUGGCCCUGCUCCUUCACGCCAUGACAUUGAGACCACUUCAAGACAAGGCCGCCAAUGCUGCCAACGUCAAGGUUCUCGCCGAAAAUCUGGGAGACAUCUUCAAGGGCCCGCUGGAGGAGAUCCUCGAAAAGUUGGACAUCAAGGGUCUGCUGGCAGCUUGCAACGCAGGCGGCGAAGGAGGAAAAGGUGAAGGCGCAGGCGAGGAAAAGCCUGAGCCCGGCGGUGAAGGUGAAGGUGAAGGUGAAGGCGCAGGCGAGGAAAAGCCCGAGCCCGGCGGCGAGGCCAAGCCCGAGCCCGGCGGCGAGGCCAAGCCCGAGCCCGGCGGCGAGGCCAAGCCCGAGCCCGGCGGCGAGGCCAAGCCCGAGCCCGGCGGCGAGGCCAAGCCCGAGCCCGGCGGCGAGGCCAAGCCCGAGCCCGGCGGCGAGGCCAAGCCCGAGCCCGGCGGCGAGGCCAAGCCCGAGCCCGGCGGCGAGGCCAAGCCCGAGCCCGGCGGCGAGGCCAAGCCCGAGCCCGGCGGCGAGGCCAAGCCCGAGCCCGGCGGAAAAGGUGAAGGUGAAGGUGAAGGUGAAGGUGAAGGUGAAGGUGAAGGUGAAGGUGAAGGUGAAGGCGCAGGCGAGGAAAAGCCCGAGCCCGGCGACGAGGCCAAGCCCGCGCCCGGCGGCGAGGAAGAGACUGAGCCCGACGGCGAGGCCAAGCCCGAGCCCAACGGCGAGGAAGAGCCCAAGCCCGACGAGGAGGCCAUGCCCGGCGAGGAGGCCAUGCCCGGCGAGGAAGGGACUGAGAGUGGCGCUGCCGAGUCAGGAACCACUCCGGCCGAAGGUGCCGAGCCCACUUCCUCAGCGGGGGAACCCGCCGAGACUGCUAAGCCUGAGGAAGAGAAAUAG